AUGUCUUUGCUUCUAAUUUUUAUACAAAUAAGACUUAUUCCAGAGAGCACUUUAAAUUCAUUUUUCAAAUUAAUUUAUGAUGAAUUAACGUCGUAUUUAAAAAUGUCUGGAUUGUCUGAGCGUAAUACAGAUGAAGAGAAAGAAAAUUUUACUACAAACAGCAAAAACGGUAAAACUGGGUUCAUGACUCAAAAAACAAUUGACUUCAAUUAUAAUGUGUCUAUUUUAAUAGCAUCCUUAAAGCUAGAAGGCUUGAAACGAAAAUUUGAGUCAAAAAAGUUCUCAUUUCAUUUAUGGAAAUACAAAACCUCAAUUUCUCAUUUGAUUUUUCAAAUUAAAGCUCAAUCAUCAAUGAUAAAUGAAAAAGAGUUAGGAUUAGAGAGAGUUAAAAAAGGGGCCCAGUUCCUACUAUCGGAGAGGAUGUGCUGGCGUAUGUCCGGCCGGAGCAAAGCUUUGAAAGUAAUGCUACGAUUAUUGGCGAGCAGAUAAGUGGAGCGUUAUAAGUGAAUAAGGAUCUUCGGAUCCUAGCAGGAGCUACUCUAUAAUAUAAUUAAUGCUAAUGGUAUUGGGGGGUUUAUGCUUGACCAGCCGUUUUAUUUUUUAAUUCGACCAAAGUUUUGGGUAUUUUGUUUUCUGUCGCUUCUAGGCAUGCCAUGAUGAUAAUUUUUCUCUCAAUGAUAAAUGAAGAAAGCCAAAAUCAAAUCUUGCAAAAAAAUGAAAAUGCCAAUAAAAUUUAUGGCACUAGGUCAGAUUUCAGAAGAAAAGAAGAAGAAAUUAUUAGGCCUAAUGCACUUCCAAUUAUUUAUUCGCCAAGUAAGACUAUUGAGAAAAUGUCUGAACCUGUAGAAGUUGGUUAUGACAGCCCAACUAGAAAUGGUUGCAUGUCUUUUCCUCUGAGAUAUUUCAUUUUGCAGGCAUUUCCUCUUCGCUAUUUGUUAGAAUUUUUUCCCUUACAAGCAUUUGCUUGUCAGUAAAUGUCUUACAAGGAAAACUUCAUUCGAAUGAUACAGAGGAAGAACAAAAUAGCCAAAAGAUAUACUACAUAGAAAUCAAUCUCUCCCUAAAUCCCUUAGCUUUGAAUCUGAUUGGGAAUUAAAUGAAAGCCAAAAGUCAAAAAUUGCGAAAUUAAGUGAAGAAUAUAAAAAGCAUUAUAACCAAAAAUUUGAGUACUUGGAAUCAAGAUUAUCCAAAGCAUUAUCCUUAGAAAAAGCCUUGCAAAUCAAAAGUUCUUUGAUUGAUGAUCAAAAAAAUCUUGACAAAUUAAACAAGGAUACUCUCGAGUCUGAUCGAUAUCACAAAAUCCUUGAUUUAAUAAAAAACGCUUUAAUUGAAAGGCAAAACAGUGAAUAUUCAAUUCGUUUAUCUGAACUCGCUAUAAAAGAACAAGAUAUUAAAUCAAUGAUAUUAGAUGAUGAAAAGAAUGAGUUUCAAUUGAUAAAAGAUAAAAUAAAACUGAAAAAAUCCAAAUUAAAAAGUGAUUGCCAAAAAUUAAUUGAAUUAGCUGAUAUCAUGAUAGGCUCUCAAUUUUUGUCAAAGGAAAGGCUUGAUUUAUUCAAAAAAGAACUAAAUGAUAUUGUCAAUGUGCAUCAAAAUCAUAAUACUGAAGAGAAAGAAAAAGGAAAAAUUCUCUUCUCACUCAAUAAAUGGGUAGAAUAUUGCCAAGAUAAAAAUGUAUCAAAAACCUUACAAGUUUUCAAGCUCAUGUUUUCAGGGUGGAAAAUUAAAUGUUUAUCGUUGAGAUCAGCCAAGCAUAAUAAUUCAGAUUCUAAUUUAAACUGCUGGCUAGAUAUAUUAUGAAUAAGAAAUAGAGAAGCUUUACUUGGGGAUAUGCUGCGCUUACUCCCAUCUCUAAAAAUAAGCAAAUUAUUGUUUAUUUGUAAGGUUUUAGCAGCUAAUGCUCAAAUAGUAGAUUUUAUAUUAUCUAGAUCGAAAUUUGCUUAUUAUUUUAAACGCGUUGGGAGGGUAUCUACACUUCCCACAUGUGGAACCCAAAUCCUACAUGUAGAGCCAUUCAAGUGUGGAAACUCCUCAUGCGGAAUUUGGGCUCCCAUGUGGGAAAAUGUCCCCCGAGGUGUGGAGACCAUUCCAAAUUAUGCCAACGCAUAAUAUGUUUUUAGGUAAAAGUGAAAAAUGAAAAUUUUAUUAUUUACUAAUAAUCAGAAAAUUUCAAUCUAUUCAUAAAAUUUACUAUUUGAUAAAUUUUGUGCUAAAAAUCAACUUUGAUAAGCAAGAAUUUGCUCUUUAGUGAGAAGUGAGUUAGAUGAUUCUCUUCAAAAGCAAAAAUGAAUUCAAGUAAUAAAAUCUUGCUAUUUUUCAUCCUCAAAAAUCAAAUUAAAAAACCUUGCAGAAAUCAUCAUAAAUUGUGAUUUUAGGAAUAAAUUUAAAUAUUUUUACAAAUAUAGAAAUCAGACCAUAAAAAUAUACUCAACCAAAGUUCAUGUAUUAGGCAAAAAAAUAUUUUCCCUCGCACAAGACUCUCCUCAGCCCUCGCCUAAAUUUAGCCCUGACCAAAUAAAUUUGAAUCUCUGCCAAAAAGGUGCUUACAUGCUUCUACCAUAUUUUGAAAGAUUUUCUCAAAAUUAUAGUAACUCCAAAAAAUUAUGGCUAUUGAAAUGGAGACUGAUUACAGAGAAUUAUAAAUCUGCUCAAUACCAGUACCUAAUGGCAACAUUUUCUAGAACUCUUUCAGUCCAGCUUCAAAAAGAAUUUGCCUUAAGACAGUCACUAAAAGAAAAGCAAAAAAGGCUUAAAACAAUUUUGUCACAGUCCAAAGUUUAUAUUGAUAAAUUAGUUAACUAA